AUGAGCUCUACAGAAGAUGAAGGCGGGCGCAAGACCAAACGACGAAAGGUUGACAUCACCAUCGCACCCCUCCUUGCAUCUGCAUCAUCGCGCACCGCUGCUUCAACCUUGUCCCUGUCCGGCCGGGACGAUCGGAGCCCGGGAGCCGUCUCGACCUCGAGCGGUACGACAUCGUCCUCGACUGGCGCAGGCAGUGGCAGCGGCGGUGCUCCAGGUUCGUCGAGUGUAUCGACGGCAGGGACCGCGUUGAAGUCACCAUUCCCCGGCUCCGUUGCAACUCCCCCCGCGAGCAGGGACCGGCACAACCCACUCCUGACCAGCGACGGUGCUCCCGUGGUCGUCACCUCGACGUUUCAGUCCAUCUUCUCCCCGACCUCGACCUCGGUCCCCAUCUCACCUUCGGGAACACCGACGGAGGCACAUCAGGACCACUACUUUGUGCCGCCGCCGGCCAUUCCUCACCACCAUUCGCCGGUGCCCCACCACACUCCUCCCAUCCACUUUUCGGAUGACAUGAGCAACUCGUCCGCGUCAUCGUCAACGUCGGGCACCACAACUCGUACAAUGCCGGCCCCAUCGUCGCAAGGAACGUCCUAUUCUCUGCCUCUCGCCUCCCCGACGUCGAGUUUGAGCACUCUUAUCAGCCAUGCCCCACGACCACGCCUCACGAGGACCGAUUCAAGCGCGAUGGCGAGGGGCGGUACAUUACACAUCGAGGGCUAUCGUGACGGUAAGCAGUCUGGAACGAUCUUAUGAUUGAUUACUAUACCGGAACUUGCCGCUAACCAGACUUGCCCUCCUCCCCAGUGCGCAUCAUAGGAACCCCGUACGACGAUGCCGUCGCCUGCCGAGCCGUAUCCAUUAACCGCGGCGACCAACGCGUGCUACUUAAGCUGAGCUUGUCGGCAAGCGUGUUGGUGGCGGCUCAUAUUCGCGCAGAGAUUGCAGUUUUGACCGAAUUGUGGGAGGCGGGCAUACACAAUUGCACGAGGGUCAUCGCUCGGGAAGUCAGUCGAUUAGGAGUGAGUUCGUGGCCGGUGGGAACAGUGGCUCGUCGCAGGGUGAAUGACUCUUUGAUUGCUGAUCGCUCCGUAUCUCCACUGCUUCCACUUCCCUUUUUCCACAGACAAUCAUGGUCUGCGUCGACGAUGGGCUCACUCGGUUCAGCGAGCGGUACGAGAUGGCGCCUCAACCACGACGGAAACCAUACUGGUCCGAUCCGGCAGAUCUGCUCGACGCGAUCGAUAUCGCCAUCAAGCUGAUUCGUCUCGCUGCAUCCGUGCAUGGAAGACAAAUCGUCCACGGUUCUCUGCGCCCCGAUUGCGUUUCCAUCUCGGUGCUCGGCGAGGUGCAAAUGCACGAUUUUUCUUGUUCGUUCCGCGCCAGCGCGGAAGGCGACACGAAUCCAAUCCGCGAGCGCGGCCUCCACGAGGACUCGUUGCCCUAUAUUGCGCCCGAAUGCUCUGGGCGGGUCGGAAGGUCUGCAGACUACCGCAGCGACUACUAUUCAAUCGGUGCGAUCUUGUACGAGGUUUUCGCAGGACGAGCACCUUUUGCCGACGCCAUCGACCCACUCGACGUCGUCCACGCUCACAUCACGAGGAAACCAUCGUUGAUGACCAGUCUCGACCCUUCCAUUCCAAUGAACCUCUCACUCGUCAUUGCCAAACUGCUCGAGAAAUCGCAGGACGCGAGGUACCAAACGAGCGAGGGCAUCGUCGUCGACUUGAGCGAAAUUUCCAGGCAGGUCCGCAAGCAAACCACCACGCCCGAUCUGGCAUUGCUCCUGUCUCCGAUGACGGGCGAGAAAGAUCCAGCUACGCCGGGAGAAAUAAGUUCGAACGGGUCGGGGUCUGGGGAGUUCGUCGUCGGUGAUGUCGACACGGCUGCCCAUUUUCGCUUGCCGCCAUCGAACAAGAUGUAUGGCCGAGAUGAGAGUAUUGAGCAGGUGACGAGGAUGUAUCGACACGUUAAGGAAACGGGCGAGCACCGCUUCGUCGUCGUCAAAGGGCCUUCUGGUGUGGGCAAGACGACUCUCGUCGAGUCUGUUCGGAGGCCAGCGAUCCAGGCCAAAGGUUUCUACACGAGCGUCAAAUUUGGUAAGCUGGGGAUAGAUCUGUAGCUGCAUGCGGCCGUGCUGAUACCAGGGCCAUGAUUGAUCGAACGCAUAGAUCAAUACAAAUCUCCGGUGCCAUUCUUCGCCAUUGUCCAAUCCUUGUCGGGUCUGCUUCGGCAGGUGCUCGCCGAGCCUGAAGCUUCCCUGCUGCGAUGGCGGAAACGCAUCCACGCCGCGCUGGGGAAGGAUGGUCGAGCCCUCGCCGACUUACUCCCCGCACUCGAGCUCAUCUUUGAACCUGGCUGGGUGGAGACUCUACCGCCGCUUGUGCCUCUCGGAGCCGCUGAGAGCGAGCAACGGUUCCAAAGUCUGGUGCGAUCGGUCUUGCGCACGUUUGCGCGUCCCGGCAGGCCUCUGGUCAUCGUGUUUGGUCAGUUUUUGAUGUGCUGCCUCUUCUCUCUCCAUGGUCGAACCUACCUAAUUGUGGCUUCUCAUUCACAUUUCGUCACUCAGAUGACCUCCAGUGGUGUACACUGUCGGAUCUCGCGUUCAUCCGCUCCUUGCUGCCGGAGGAGAAUGACACGUCUUCUCGCUCGAGCUCGCACCAAACGCCCAAGAUGCUCAUCGCCCUGUGGCGCGACAAUGAGGUUGACAGCGAGCACAUUGUGUCGACGCAACUGCUGGCCCAGGUGCCUGAGGUUCACCUCACCCUGAGUCUCGAACCUCUCUCGUUGACGGACGUGAUCGACUACGUCGGCGCUGCGCUGCAGACCCCGGCAACCAAGAAGCGCUCAAAGUCGACCGCUGCUCGCGAGGACCCAAACAUUCGGACAUUGAGUGAGCUGAUUCUUGCGACCACAAAAGGUAGCCCCCUGUUCGUUGCCCAAGUAAGUGCGAUCGGCGGUAGUACCGGGGCAGCUCUAGGCCAUCUGCUUACGGUACUUUGAUGCACCGCUCAGCUCCUGAAAUCGUUCAACACCGACGGCUUCUUCAAGUUCGACUUUGACAACGGAAAAUGGAUUUAUGACCUGCACCUCAUCGCCAAUAAGACAGUCACAACGGACGUCGUCGACUUGCUGAUAGCCCAGAUGCGCCGCCUUCCCGAGCCGACUCGAUACGCGCUGAUGGUUGCCGCCUGCCUUGGAAACGAAGAGCUCAAGUCGACCACACUCGCCAAGGCAACGGGCAGGUCGCUGGCAGAGCUAUCAGUGGAUCUGCAUGACGCCACAGAGGAAGGGUUGCUCUUCCCCGUUGGCAUGAUAUCGCCCGAUGCCGACGUCGCCGCCGCCGAUCGCCCGGCCGCGCACGCGAGCGCAAGCGACGAAGUCGAUUCGAGCCAAGAAAAGGAGGCUGAAGGACGAGCGCAGAUGCACCUUGGAUCACUCCGAGCGCGCAAAGGGCCGAGUGUACCUCAAGCUUAUCGUUUUUUCCACGACCGAUGCCAGCAGGCAGCAUACGCGCUCGUCACGGCCGACGAGCGCAGCCAGCUUCAUCACAAGAUUGGCCUUCGCCUCGUGGCAUCGCUGACGGAGGACCAGCUGCAAGAGCAGAUCUUCGACUUGGCAAACCAGCUCAAUUUCGGCAUCGACUUGCUGACGACCGACGAGGCUCGAGAUCGACUGGCGCGGUUCAACUUUCUGGCAGGACAAAAAGCACAAAACUCGACGGCGUUCGAAGCGGCUCGCAAAUACUUGCAGACCGCAUGGGAUUUACUCGGCGCGGACGGGUGGACUCGGCAAUACCAGCUGAUGAGCGACUUGGUCGAAGCGUUCAUAGACGUCGAGUACUCACUGACGGACUAUGCGGCGUCGCAGCAAUUCAUUCGCUUGUUCCUGUCCAAUUCGAGCGAUGUCGUCGCCAAGCUGAGGGUCUACGCUCGUUUCGUUCGGUGCGGAUCGGCGAUGGGCGAUUCAUCGACAGCGAUCAAGGCGGCGCGGGAGGGAUUGGCGCAGGUCAAUAUGCGACUGCCGGAGACAGGGUCGGAGGCAGAUGCUCUGUUCGACGAGAUUCACGAUCAACUCAAACUCGGAGUCGAGGAAGUUCGCGCUCUAUCCAACCUAGAACAAAUGACGGACCCGAUCGCUCUGGGGGUGCAGAACCUCCUCGGGGCCCUCAUUCCCCCGGUCUACUUCUCUCAGAUCGAAUUGCUUGGAGGUUUGACGUCACUGGCCCUGCGCAAUACAGUCCAACAUGGUCUCAGCGAUGCGGGGUCCCUGUUUUUGACCCUCGAUGCCGUCUACGUUCGGGCUAAGUACGACGAUCUGGGCUCUGCUCUGGCGUACGGAGACGUCGCCAUCGGCUACUUCGAAAAAUAUGGGGGAACCGCUUACGCGUGCCCGACGUACAAGGUCGUCUCGAGCCACAUCACCGCAUGGGCUCGCCCCAUCGCCGAGACGAUCCCGAACUAUCGCACCGCCAUCGCAUAUGGUCUCGAGUACCGCGACGCCGAGUACGUCGGGUUUUCCUGCGCCGAGAUCUGCUCUUACUUGCUACUCAGUGGAGCACCUUUGCCCGGAAUAAUGUCGAGUGUUGAAGGGUAUGCCGUGCUGGUUCGCAAGUUCCGACACGAGCUCUCGACACUCUACAUCGGCGUCAUUCACCAGACCCUGCUGUGCCUGUCGGGUCGAAGCCCCAACCCGCUCGAGAUCGAGGGCGAGGCGUUCUCCCACGCCGAUUACCAGAUCUGCGCCGAUCGACCUUACGGCACCGACUUGCAUACAUUCCACAUGCUGCGUCUCAUGAUUCUGGUCUUCUUCGACCGCACGACGUCACCCGCGGCGCUGGAAUCGAUCAGAAUCGGCCGCGAGUUCAUCUCGAGCGCCGACGGCUUGCUUUAUCCGACUUACUUCCAGCUGUUUGAAGCGCUCUGCUUCUACGAUCGCUUCGAUGAGCUGACCAAGGUGGAGCUCGACACGCUUGCUGCGACGGUCGCCCACUUCGCCAAAGUCUCGGUCGACUCGGCAAUGAACUUCUUGCCCCUCAAACUUUGGCUCGACGCCGAAGCCGCUCGUGCCAAGUCGCAGCGAGAGGAGGCUCUUUCGGCGUACGACUUAGCCAUCGCGCUCGCGAGCGACUCGGGCUUCGUCCACAUUGCUGCUUGCAUGAACGAGCGAUGCGCCAAAAUGCUCCAAUCGCCAAAACUUUCGGCGGGCUACAUCAUCGAGGCACAUGCGAUGUGGUCGACGUGGGGCUGCACGCCCAAAACGUCGAGCAUGUUGUCCGAGCAUCCUCUGCUGAACCACCCGACCGCCUCGCCUAUGCCAUCACCAGGUCUUGCGUACACGGGCUCGGUUGCAUCGCCUGCCGCAACUGCGGAUAGCUCAGAUCGGCGGACGUCCGCCUACACGAGCGUGACACACUCCGGCGAGGAUCUAGCGAUGUCUGUGACGCACAGUGAAGGUUUUGAGAGCGUCAAUGGGUCGACAAGUCGAGACGAACGGUCAACGGCGAUUGCGAUGACGGCGUCGAAGUCCAUCCUCAGACGCCGCCGGUCCAUCGACUCGCAGGACUCGAUCUCUUCGCGAGAGGAAGCGGAGCACUCGUCAGAGGGACUGAAAGGAAAGAGUCAGUUCGAGCAUCGCUCGCUGAUUGCCACCGAAUUGGACCUUCGCACGGUCGUCUCGGCCUCCUCUGUGCUUUCGCAAGAGCUGACAGUCGAUGGCGUGGUUUCCAAGCUGCUGUCGCUGGCACUUCGAACGGCGGGGGCGGAGAUGGGCUUGCUCGUGCUCGAUAAAGGCGGCUCGCUGUGUGCGGAGGCGAUCGUGCGAUCCGAGCUGGGCGAUGUGCAGCAUCUGCGCCGCCUCGAACCCAUCGAUGCCCAGCCCGACCGAUUCCCUUGCAGCGUCAUCAACUAUGUCGCUCGCACCAAGGCGAUGGUGGUCAAUGGCCUGGAUUCGCUCGGCGAUAGUAUUACCGACCCUUACCUCAAGGCCAACAAACCGCUUUCGCUCUUGUGCAUCGCUUUGGCGAGUCAGUCACGCGUGACUGGUGAGUUGCUAUGAAUCGCGGUGUCCUUCUGCCGAGUCGUAUCAGGGCUAACUCUUCCUAUUGGUACGUAAUUCCUCUCGCAGGUGUACUCUACAUGGAGAACUCGCAAACAGACAGUGCCUUUACGCCCGAUCGCUUGGAGAUCCUCUCCCUCAUCUCGGGUCAAGCCGCGUCGACGAUCGAGCGAGCCCGUUUGGUGCAAGACCUCAAGUUGGCUAACACGGACUUGAAGCGCUCGCAAGCCGCUCUCGAAGGCUACAAUCGCAACCUGGAGGAAACCGUCGAGGAUCGAACGCUCGAGUUGCGCCACAAGAACGACUUGCUCCAGGCCGAGAUCGCCCAAAAAGAGCGAGCCCAAGCCGAGAUGCGCAAAGCAAAGGAGAUCGCCGAAAGCGCGACCGCGAUGAAAUCGCAGUUCUUAGCCAACAUGUCUCACGAGCUUCGGACUCCGUUCAAUGCCGUCGUGUCUCUGACGACGCUGCUGCUCGAUACCACGCUGACGCCGGUCCAGACCGACUAUGUCGAGACGAUCAAGAAUUCGAGUCAAGAGCUGCUCGUGGUUAUCAACGAUAUCUUGGACUACAGCAAAAUUGAGCUGGAUCAUCUGGAGCUCUCAAGCGAGCCGGUGCAGCUGCGCAGCGUGCUCGAGUCGUCGAUGGACAUGCUGGCCGAGAGGGCAGCGACCAAAUCGGUGGAACUGGCGCUCGUGAUCGAGGAAACAGAUAUUCGAAUCUUGAGCGAUCUGACUCGCCUGCGGCAGAUCGUCGUCAACCUGCUCUCGAAUGCUGUAAAGUUCACCUCGGAAGGAGAGAUCAUCGUCACAGCUUCGUCGAGGAGGGUCGAAACUAAGGGUCCCGGCGGAAAGCCGAUGUGUCGCGUCACCAUAUCCGUCCAGGACACAGGCAUCGGCAUUGCCAAGGAGCACUACAAUAAGCUCUUCCGUGUAUUCUCGCAAGUCGAAGGUAGCGAGACAACGAAACACUUUGGCGGUACCGGUCUCGGUCUCGCUAUCUCGCGCAAGCUCUCGCUUCUCAUGGGAGGCGACGUCACUGUCGACUCGGAGGUCGGUAAGGGUUCGACUUUCACCGUCCACAUAGUUGCACCCGUGCUCGAAACGACGGAGAUCGAUCUCUACUCACCUAGUCAGAAUCCGGAUCUGGUCGGUAAGCGAUGCCUCGUCGUCGACGCGAACGCGACCAGUCGCAAUGUCCUGCACCAGCUCGUCUCAUCGUUUGGAAUUAACACCGAUGUACCCGACGAUCCCAUGUCGGCGUUUGCUCUCGCAAGUGACGCGCUUCGCGUCGGAAAGCCUUACGACGUCCUCAUUUUGGACGCUUUCCUACCGGCGUUCGGCGCUCUCAUCUUGCUGCGUCGAUUACGACAAGCGAACAUCAACGUGCCGGCGAUAGCGCUCACGCGCAUGGGCUCGCCGAUCUACGAGGAGAUGCGGCAGCUCGAUUGCAAGUUCCUCAUCAAGCCCAUUAAACGCAAUCGAUUCCACCACACGCUGCGACAGAUCUUCCCGAUCGGUGCGAUCAAGUUGACGAGCCCUCCUCCAGCGAGCUCGCCGUUCCCGACCGGUCUUGGGGUGCGCAACCCGCUCUCCAUUCUCUGCGCUGAGGACAACCCGAUCAACGUCAAGGUUAUCACACAUUUGCUUAAACGUAUGGCAUACACAACCGACAUCGCCGAAGACGGAGCAAUCGCGCUGGAGAAAGUACAGAAGAAGAAAUACGACAUUGUCUUGUGAGUUCGCUUCCCCUGCGAGGGCACACGCUUUCAAAACUCUGACCAGGGCUGACAUGUUCGUGGCGUGGUCUCGCGCUUGCCUUCAGCAUGGACGUCAACAUGCCGAAGUAAGCACUAUCCGGGCAAUCCUCGCAACCGCUGUCGGCGCUAACCUGAGUCCCUUUUUGAUGUACUUUCUCAGCAUGGACGGGCUUGAAGCAACUCGCCGUAUCAUCGAGUUGAUGCCCAACCCAGCGACUCGGUGAGUGUUUCGAAUCGAGAGACUGAGAUGUACUGUGCACGAAAGUUUUCACUGAUCUAAACCUCUGCAUCCAUAUUUAGCCCCAUGAUCGUCUGCCUCACAGCGAAUGCGAUGAGCGACGAUCGAGAAAAGUGCUUGGCAGCCGGUGGAGAGUAAGUCGAUCGGUUGAGGUCGGGUUGUUGAGGUCGGGUUUUGGAUGUCGAGGGAUCGUAGCUGAUGCGAGUGUUUCCUUUCGUUUGCAGUGGCUAUGUGUCCAAGCCCAUCCUGGUGCCCGAUCUUGUCGCAGCGUGAGUCUCCCCCCACUUCCUCUAUUGCCUGCAGCGCGAAUCGUUCAAGCACUGACCUCGCAGUUGUGGACUCUGACAUAGCCUCAAUGACGCAAGCGCGAGGGUGAACCGAAGACGACUGUCACUGGUGGGCACGAGCGGGCCAAGCGACGACGCCUCUAGCGGAUCCAAUUCACCGUUCCCCGUCGUCAACCCUUUCGACACCGCAGCGGCCGCCGAGCGUGUGGGUCGCCUCUCGGGUGCGUUGGCCUUGCCCACUACUCGCCAGAGCCUGUCCCCUGCCCACUCCCCCAGGUCCAUCAUGUCUCGUCGUAAUCAGAGCCGAAAGGAUCGCGAGGAGCAAGCCGGCGACAGCUCUCUAUCAGACUCGUCACCCUCCCCACCGGUCCCGCACUAUCGUUUAAGCCCCUCACCGUCGCCUAGUUGA